UAUGUUCAGGCGGAUUCCCCCACCAACAAGACUCUGGCUUCUCUGGUCUCUCAGCUGCUGCAGUUCCAGGAAGAUGCUUUCGGACGGCACGUCACCAACCCGGCCUUCACCAAGCUGCCUAUGAAGUGCUUCUUGGAUUUUAAGCCUGGUGGCCCCCUGUGCCACAUCCUGGGGGCGGCGUACAAGCACAGGAGUGACCAAGGAUGGAGGAGGUUUGAUUUGCAGAACCCGUCCCGGAUGGACCGCAAUGUGGAGAUGUUUAUGGCGAUUGAGAAGACGCUGGUGCAGAACAACUGUCUGACCCGACCCACCGUCUUCCUCGUCCCAGAAAUCGAGUUGAAGUUGGCCAAUAAAUUGAAAGACAUCGUCAAGCGUCAUCAGGGUACAAUUACAGAAGAUAAGGGGAAGGCCUCUCACCAUGUUCACCCCGUUCCUACCUCACUGGAUGAAGCAGACGAAUGGCUGAGACCCGUGAUGAAAAAAGAGAAGCAAGUUCUUGUACACUGGGGUUAUCACCCGGACAGCUAUGACUCCUGGGUGCCGGUCUCGGAUCUCGAUGCCGAAGUUGAAGAUGCUCCCGUUCCGGAGAAGCCUUGGAAGGUUCAUGCGAAGUGGUUGCUGGACACGGAUCUAUUCAAUGAGUGGAUGAACGAGGAGGACUACGAGGUGGAUGAAAAAGGGAAAGCCACCGAUUUCCGGCAGAGGAUUUCCCUCAAGAAUGAUGAGUCCAUACGCAGUCCCGAGCGGAAAGAUCGGAAGUCUGUUGGCGCACCCAAGAAAAGAAAGCGUUCCCCGUCCCCCCAGACCCCGUCUGAGUCCCGGAAGAAGCCCGGCAGGAAAAGUCAGAGCGGCCUUUAUACCAAGAAGAGAUGGCAGAAAGAAGAGGACGAGCAGGACGAUCUCACCAAAGACAUGGAGGACCCCACACCUGUCCCCAAUAUGGAGGAGGUCAUGCUUCCGAAAAACGUGAACCCGAAGAAGGACAGCGAACACACACCGGUGAAGGGGGGAGUGGUGGCUGAUCUAGAUGAGCAGGAGGAGGAAGCGGUGGCUGCCAGUGGGAAGGAGGAUGAAGACCCAAGUCGAGGAGAUCAGAGCAGGAUGAUCGAUAACGGAGAAGAUAAUGUGACGGAACAGACCAACCACAUCAUCAUUCCCAGCUACGCGGCCUGGUUUGAUUAUAACAGCAUUCACGUCAUCGAACGCCGCGCUCUUCCUGAAUUCUUCAACGGCAAGAACAAGUCAAAGACCCCGGAGGUAUACCUGGCCUACCGAAACUUCAUCAUCGAUACCUACCGGCUGAACCCCCAAGAGUAUCUGACCAGCACCGCCUGCCGCAGGAACCUGACGGGAGAUGUGUGCGCCAUCAUGAGAGUUCAUGCAUUCCUGGAGCAGUGGGGUCUGGUGAACUAUCAGGUGGAUGCAGAUUCCCGGCCGAUGGCCAUGGGACCCCCUCCGACGCCUCACUUUAAUGUGCUGGCGGACACACCAUCUGGACUGGUGCCGUUGCACAUGAGGACUCCUCAGAUUCCCUCCUCUCAGCAGAUGUUGACUUUCCCAGAGAAAAGUAAAGACAAACCAGCAGAUCUGCAGAGCUUUGGGCUGAGGACCGAUAUCUUCUCCAAGAAGACUUUGGCCAAGAAGUCGGCCAGCGCUGGGCGGGAAUGGACAGAACAGGAGACUCUGCUGCUUUUGGAGGCUCUGGAGAUGUAUAAAGAUGACUGGAACAAGGUGUCCGAACACGUGGGCAGCCGAACGCAAGACGAAUGCAUUCUGCACUUCCUUCGCCUGCCGAUCGAGGACCCCUACCUGGAGAACUCCAAUGCUUCCCUGGGACCUCUGGCCUAUCAGCCGGUCCCAUUCAGCCAGUCUGGCAACCCCGUCAUGAGCACAGUUGCCUUCCUGGCCUCGGUGGUUGAUCCUCGGGUGGCGGCAGCGGCUGCAAAAGCUGCCCUGGAGGAGUUUUCCCGCGUCCGGGAGGAGGUGCCCCUGGAACUGGUGGAGGCGCACAUUAAGAAGGUACAAGAAGCUGCCAAGGCCCUGGGUAAGGUGGACCCGGCCUACGGCCUGGAGAGCAGCUGCAUUGCGGGCACGGCGCCCGAUGACCAUGAUAAGGCUGCGCAUUCUCCCAAAAGGAUUGUGGCUCCUCCCCCAGUACAUUCUCCCAAAAGAAUUGUGGCUCCUCCCCCAGUAAAAUCCUCUCCCCAAGCUGAAAGCACAGAAGAGGAGAAGGUGGAGAAGAUGGAGACUGAGACGCCAGAACCCCCUCAGCCAGAGAAGCAGCCGGAGGUGAAAACCGAGAAGGAGGGAUCGGAGACGGAGGGCAGCGAGAAAGCGGACGUACCUCCGGAGAAGAAGCCGGAGGAGGAAGGGGCGGAGCCAGCCGCAGAGGAGAAAGCCG